AUGUCUUCCCGCACGAAGGAGACGCUCUCGAGUCAAGAUCGAGAGCUACAGCGUCAGAAAUACCAAGCGAAGAUAGCCACUGCUCUAAACGAAGCAGACGAUCCUCUUGCAGCAUAUCAUCAAUUUGUACAAUGGACCAUCAAGAACUACGGAGAACACGACCCCAAAUCCGGGCUUGCGGAAUUGUUAAAAGAAGCCACAACUCAAUUCAAGGAUGAUUCACUGUAUAAAACCGAUCUUCGGUACCUCAAGAUAUGGGCUCUUUAUGCAAGGCAAAAGGACAAGGCGGGAGCCAUUUCGAUCUAUGCAUACUUGAUAGAUCACGAUAUCGGUACAUCAUACUCAGCACUUUACGAAGAUUAUGCAAAUUUACUGGAGGACACAAGCAGAUAUCAAGACGCCGAUGGAGUGUAUCAAAAGGGAAUUAAAAAAUCUGCAAGACCAGUGGAAAGAUUGAAGACAAGAUACCGGGAGUUUCAAGCCAGAGUCGCUUCAAGGAACUCAAAAGCGAGCAGUAGUGCGAAGACCGGUUCUUCCUCCGCCUCAUCAGCAACACCGACGUAUUCCGGGACAUUCAAUUCGACGGCGGCAGCACGGUAUGCACUUAUGCUGGCUCCACCAGCUCCUGGAAAACGUCCAGAGAAGUUGAGGUUCAACAUGUCCUUGCUUUUCACGGACGAAGGUGUCGAAUACAGUAUACAGGAAGCAAGAGCUCGCUCAAUGGGUCUUCUAGGAAAGAAAUGGGGCCCUCUACCUCCAGAUCCUUCUCCUCCAUCCUCGAUGUCUUCCUCCUCUGGCUCGUCUUUUGCGAUGGUUGAUUUCAAUGAUGAUGGUCAAAAGUCAUCGCGACUCAAAUCUGGAAGACGAAGCAUUAUGGGCGGUGCAGAGCCGACUGUUACGAUUAAUACCAAAGAGGCGUUGGCCGAUGUCUUUGGAAUGUACAAUUCCCCGGACAAGACCACCAAACUUGUUAUUCCAGGUAGUAAACAUGCACCUCUGAAGAAGGUUGAGCCCAUAACGCCAGGGGUUCAACCACGCCUUGCGUUCUCAAGAGAAAAUGAGAAUGCUCAGAACACAAAAACGCCAACUCCUGCAUUCAGGCCAUUUACGGAUGAGAAUGCCCAACCAAACCAAAGCCGUACACCAGCUGCUAAAUUUACACCAUAUGUGGAACCGAACCAACAGAAAACACCUUUCAUGACUCCGAGGACGGUUCUCACCGUGAAAGAAACCGUUCCUUCAUCCAGCCUUCGACUCUCAGAAGACGCGGAACAAAGCGAGCCCGCCGAUAUAGAGCCAAAGAAUGCAGACCCUGUGUUCUCCAGAGUGUUCACACCUGCUAGCAAAGCUGUCCCUCUGGCGCCGCUCAGAGACGUGUUUACAGACGACCACGGUAAACCAGUGCCAAAAGCAAAGGCUGCUCCAACACAUGAACGGGCAAGGUCACAACAUGACUUAUUAUCACCUCAAGCCGAAGUCGUACGGCCGUCUGCGUUCACACCAUUUAAAGACGAGAAUGGACGAGCGCCGUUCAAAGUCUUCAGCCGGCCAGCAGAACAGGGAGAGAAUGCGCACAUGACGGCACCGAAAACGCCUAGUGCUGCCUUCAAACCAUUCUCAGAUCAACCUAAACCUCCAGCGUUCACGCCUUUCAAAGAUGUUACUCCGGCUUUCAAGCCUUUUGUAGAACCGGCCACAAAGCCAGAACCUCGAUUCGCGUUGCAGCCGACAGGUGCAUCUGAAAAUGUGCAACCUCCGCCUUCUCGCCAAGUUGUUGAGAUUGAAGACGACGAAGAGGAGUAUGAGAUUGUAGAGGAGCCUGAGCCCGACCAAGGUGAUUUCGAUCAAGAAGAGGAUGGCAAUCAAUACUAUGAAGAAGAGGAAUCUCAUAUCGAAGAGUAUGUACCACUGGCACCCGAGCAUCUACCAGAGGAAUAUGAGGAAGAAAAUUCCUACCAUGAAGUGCCUUUGGGAGGUCGCUUUGGGCAGUUCAAUGUGAUGACCCCAAUCACAGAGCGGACGUUUGAGUUUACUUCAAGUACCAGAGGUGGAACCCCCAGCGAACGGUACGCCAAACAUGGGGAGAGCGGCCAACAAGCGGAAUACCAGGCCGCGCGUACUGCAGCGCUGUUGGCCGAGGAGCUACGAGAAAGCGACGAGGAUGAAGGCGAGCAAGAACAUCAAGAGCUUGAACCACUUCGAUUGUCUGUUGAACAACCGCCUUUCCAAAGCGAUCCUGCAGCAGUGGUCAUUGAGGAGAGGGUAGGAACGCUCAGUCUCGUCGACACCCUCACCCUGAGUUCCAAAUUCCGCCCCAGCAAUCCAUGCAACCCUUUCGACCCCUCCAUCCUCUCUUCCCUGAUAACUCGAAUUCCUGCGGAUCCUCAUUUCUACGAUCUUCGAACGCAGCAGUCAAACAAGCUUCCCGAGCUGCAGAAAUUUGCUAAGAAGAGUAGAAAGACAAGCUCGAGCAGUAACGCUGGUGUUUUAGACUCUGGAUCUUUCCCGUUGAUUCUUCAGGGUCAUCAAUUCAUGGUCACCGAGAAACUGGGGGAAGGUGGCUUUGGGUGCGUCUUUAAGGCGAAAGACAGGGGAGUGCGCACAGUAAACGUCGACGAUGACGAUGAAGAUGAGGAUGAGGACGAAGAUGAAGAUGAAGAUGAAGAUGAAGAAGUAUCUUCCAUGGUGGCUAUAAAAGUGGUCAAGCCCAGGAAUAUUUGGGAGUAUCACGUCCUUCGACGCUUGCACUCAGCUUUGCCUCCUUCCUUGCGCAGGUCUGUCGUGCUCCCACAUGCUCUAUACGCCUUCAGCGACGAAAGCCACCUCGUGCUCGACCUCUGCCCUCAAGGCAUGCUCCUGAACAUCGUGAACAACGCCGCGUCGGCCGGCGUGGCACAAGCUGGCGCGUGUCUGGAUGAGUUGCUCGUUGUGUUCUUUACAAUAGAGCUACUACGGCUUCUGGAAGCCAUGCACAAUAUAGGAUUCAUCCAUGGGGACCUCAAGAUCGACAACUGCCUUCUUCGGCUGGAAGAGGUGCCUGGAGGUCCCGCUGCAUGGUCGGGCACAUACCAGCCUUCCGGGGACGGUGGAUGGAGCCACAAGGGCCUUAAAGUGAUCGACUUUGGACGCACAAUCGACAUGCGCCUCUUCCCGUCCGGUCAGCAGUUCGUCGCGGACUGGGAUACGGACGACCGCGACUGCUUCGAAGUCCGCGAAAACCGACCAUGGACCUACCAGACCGACUACUUUGGUCUUGCCGGGAUCAUUUAUUGCAUGCUCUUUGGAAAGUAUAUCCAGGCGAACUCGGUCGUGGCGUACAAUGACAACGAAGGCACGUCGCGAUACAAAAUCGCAACGCCAUUUAAACGAUACUGGCAAUCGGAUUUAUGGAACAGGUUGUUUGAUGUGCUGCUAAACCCAUGUCUAGUGCGGCCAAAUGGCGAGCUACCGGUGUGCGACGCUUUGGGUCAGUUGCGCAAGGAGAUGGAAGACUGGUUGCAGAUCAACUGCAACAGGACGAGCAAUACGCUCAAGGGCCUCUUGAAGAAAGUAGAGCUUUCAUGUUACAAGAUGUAA